AUGAGCUGCCAAGCAUUUGCUUCCUCAGACACCUUUGUGCCCUUGAAUUCUGACUCUUCUCCCUCUCUGCCUCUGAUAAUGCAUCACAGCGCUGCAGAGUGCCUGCAGGUCUCCAACCAUACCACCAAUGUUGUGUCUACAGUCCCAUCUGUUUUCUCUUUGCUCCCAACUCGUGCGUGUUCGUGCGUUGGCUUUGCCGCGGCGACGCCGGGACGCCCCUGGCCAGGCCUGCACUACUCCGUGCCUUCCUGUCACUAUGGGAAUCAGCCUUCCACCUACGGGGUGAUGGCAGGUGGCCUGACGCCCUGCCUGUACAAGUUCCCGGAGCACGCGCUGGGCGCCAGCUCCUGUGCCCUGGGCCACGGCUUCACGCCGCUGCCCCAGCCGCUGCUCACGGACGAGCCCGCUGCCGCGGACUUCAAGCAGGAGUUCCGCAGGAAGGGCAAGCCUGCGGAGGAGCCCGUGGACAUGGACUCGCCUGAAAUCAGGGAGCUGGAGAAAUUCGCCAACGAGUUUAAGCUGCGGAGGAUCAAGCUGGGCUAUACACAAACCAACGUUGGGGAAGCGCUGGCUGCUGUGCACGGCUCCGAGUUCAGCCAGACGACGAUUUGCCGGUUUGAGAACUUGCAGCUGAGCUUCAAGAACGCGUGCAAACUGAAAUCCAUCCUGUCCAAGUGGCUGGAGGAAGCAGAACAAGUGGGAGGAUUUGAUACAACCAGCAUUGCUGCCAAAGAAGCCCUCGAGAGGCAUUUUGGAGAACAAAGUAAGCCGUCUUCUCAGGAAAUUAUGAGGAUGGCUGAGGGGCUCAAUCUUGAGAAGGAAGUCGUGAGAGUUUGGUUUUGCAACAGAAGACAAAGGGAAAAAAGAGUGAAGACCAGUUUACACCAGAAUGCCUUCAGCUCUAUUAUCAAGGAGCACCAUGAAUGCCGGUGA